AUGGGGAUAAAAAAGGAGAUUGCAGAGAAGGGAGGAAUGAUGGAGCUGAGUAAGGAGGGCUUUGUGGUAGGAAGAGUAAAGAUAGGGAAGGAAAAAUGGAGGGUGAUAGGAGUAUACGUAGGAGAAGGAAUAGAGAAGGCGUGCAGGGAGAUGGAGAAGUGGACGGAGGAGAAAGAGGAGGAGGUUUACACGAUAAUAGGAGGAGAUUUUAAUGCGAGGACAGGACAAGAGGGGGGUAGAAUCAGAGAUAAGGAGAAUGCGGAAGAGGAGAGGAAAGAGGAAAAGAAAAGAAAGUCGAAAGACAAAUUAAUCAAUGCAGAGGGAAGAAAACUACUGGAAUUCAUGGGAGAAAGAGGUUGGAGCAUAAUGAACGGUAACACAAAGGGAGAUGAGGAGGGAGAAUGGACUUUUACAGGAGGAAGAGGGAACACGGUUAUAGAUUACGUAAUUGGGAAUGAGGAUAGCGGAGAGAAGGUGAGAAGGUUAAGAAUAAGAGACAAGGUGGACUCAGAUCAUCACCCAAUAGAAGUGGAGAUAGAAGGAUGGCAGAGAAGAGAGAGAAGAAAGUCGAGAGGAGGGAGGAGAGGAGUAUGGAAUGAGGAGGGCCGGAGGAUUUUUGAGGGAAAAGUGGAGGAGAUAGGAGAAAUAGGAGGAGGAGAGGAAGAGAUAGAUGGAGAAUGGGAAAGAAUAGAGGAGAGGAUGAAGGAAGUAUUAAGAGCAACAGAGGAGGACUGGAGGAAAGGAAAGAAGGAGAAAAGAGGAUGGUGGGAUGGGGAGUGCAGAGAGGAGAAAAGAAAGGUAAGGAGGGAGCUGAGGAGAUGGUGGAGGGAAGGAGAAAGAUUGAGGAAGGAUGUGGAGGAAAAAGGGAUAGUGCCAGAAAAUCAGAUGGGGUUUAGGAGAGGAAUGGGAACAAUAGACAACAUAUACGUGAUGAAUUAUCUAAUCAAUAGACAACUGGAAAAAAAAGAGGGAAGGCUAACGGCAUUGUUUAUAGAUCUGAGAGCAGCAUUUGACUCGGUAGACAGGGAGAAAUUAAUGGAGGCAAUGGAGGAGAGAGGAGUAAGGAAAGGAUUGAGAAGAAGGGUAGAGAUGGUGAUGAGAGAGACAACAUGCAGGAUAAAGAUAGGGGAAGAAGUUGGAGAGAGUUUUGGAUUGAGAAAGGAGUAA